AUGAUCACCGCCGAAUUUCAAAAUACCGGAGAUACACUAGGUGUUAAAGACAGGUUUGUUCCGUCCGAUGUGGAUAACCCACCUUCAAACAUUCCCUUGCACAGCUUGGAAAACAGAUAUUUCAUGAUAAAGGAACUCGGGAAUGGCUCAUUCGGAACAGUUAGCUUAUCAAAGGCAUUGGUUGACUUGGACAGUUUACCACAGAAAAAAACGUAUGACAGGACUUUACUGCAUCAACGGAAUAAGAAGAACGACAAUCACAUGUCCAAAAUGCAGAACAUAGUAGCAAUAAAGACUAUGUUGGCAAGGUUGGAUACAUUGCACUAUUACAAACGUGUCAGAGAGGUCAAGUUUAUUUUGAAGAUGCCCUCGAGUAAAUAUCUGAUCCAAAUAUUUGAGAUUUUUGUCGAUGACAUCGAAUUUCAACUGCACAUCGUCAUGGAGUACAUGGAACAGAAUUUGUACCAAAUGAUGAGACACAGAAGGCGCAGAGUGUUUUCUUAUCCAUCGUUGAAAUCCAUACUGGCUCAAAUAUUGGCUGGCAUUAAACAUAUCCAUCGCCACAAUUUUUUCCACAGAGACAUAAAACCAGAGAAUAUCUUGAUUUCACCGAGUUCCAUAUAUUUCGAUAAGUCUGUUGUGGAGAAUGGGGAGUACACAGAUAACUACGUUGUCAAAUUGGCAGAUUUUGGCUUGGCUAGAGAGGUCUCGAACAAAAACACGUAUACCGCAUACGUGUCGACUAGGUGGUACAGGUCUCCAGAGAUAUUGCUCCGCAAUGGCUACUACUCCAGACCCCUGGAUAUUUGGGCCUUUGGUUGUGUUGCCUUGGAGGCAACGACAUUUAAACCGCUGUUCCCUGGUUCAGAUGAGCUAGAUCAAAUAUGGAAGAUCUUGGAGGUUCUUGGGACCCCGCACCCUGUUUUGGAGUCCACACAAACACACUAUAUCCCCAAUGGUGGGUUUUGGGAAGAUUCUGUCAAGUUGGCAGAGCGGUUGAAAUUGAGAUUUCCCUACGUGGAGGGAGUCUCGAUCAAAGCUAUCCUUUCUAACCCGCAAUUGUCAGACUUGACUAAAAUGAUAGAAUGUUGUCUCAAGUGGGAUCCAAAUAAGAGAGCUACUGCUGAAGAUUUAUCGCGGAUGAAAUUUUUUGAAGGCACUGUGGUGCAAGAGGAUAGCACAUUGCUUUACAAUAAUAGCAUGGGCAUUACAAAUACCGAGCAAGCAAUGAUUUUUGCUGGCAUCCCCGCAAAUGGGGACUCAUACACUAAUAAACCGCUCAUUUUUACCGAGUCCAGUAAUAAGAUUGGUAUUGUUAACAACUGUAACGAAAAUAGUGCUACCGAAAAUUACACUUUUGGCAAUCGCAACAAUGCUGCAAUAAAGAAGACCGUACUUGAAGAUAAGAGCAGCAUGUACAAGCCAAUGGAGCAGAAAGUCACCAUCAAUGAGUUUCUCAAUGAUUACAAUGGGGACAUCAAGGGUCACGGCAAUGUACAUUCUGCAGAGAAUACUUUAAGAGUCAAUGAAAUAGAGAUGGAGGAGAAUGAGUUUAUUGAGGACACAAAUGAUGAUGCGGAUACAAGUUCAUCCUACCAAGCUGAAUGUGACCUGUCCAAUGAGAUUGAGCGGAGUUUGGAUUUUUUCCCGAUACCAAAGGAGGUACCAGAAUCUAUCAACCAAGCUGGUUCUACAACGUAUGAAAAUGACCCUCAUGCCUGCAAUGUGAAGAAACUGUCGGAGAACAUUGACGUUGUCAACAGAGACGACUCUGCAUUUUUUGAGCAAUGUUUCUAUGAGACUCCAGAAUUGAUGGGCGAUGGGUUCUUUGAUACUGGUAGAGAAAGGAAGGACUACACUUGCAAUACUGGACCCACUGGGGGGCAAAGACAUAUCUCUGAAUCGGAUCAAGAAAUGAUGGAGUACCCACUUUCCGCUAACCAAGGUAUCACUGAGGGCAAUGGUGUCAAUGACGAAGCUUCUCGGGACAACUACCAUUACUACCAUACACCUUGUGGUAGUCAUUUAGACCACCACCAUCAAUGUGGGGAUACCAAGCAAGCUGGUUCUGCCACCAAUUACGACAAAGUACACAGUUCUAUUGAUUCGAUCCACGAUUUUACGCCGAGGAUAUUCUUACCGCCCAAUGUUCAAUGUACUGUUCCCACACAUGGAUCAAGUAUUUUCCAACGAGAACAAGUGCAGCAAGGGUACAAUAACAAGAUGAACCGUUCACAAGACAUAAGCCAAUAUUUCAGCAACGUGACGUUUUAG